AUGGCAGCCAGGGAAGACGCAUCGGAGACGCAGGAAAUUCUAUCAGGCUUGGCAGAACUCUCCGUGUCCUGGAGCCCCCCACACGAUUCGUCGAUCGGGCCUGGCCCGCUGACGUCCCCUCCCACGUACGCAAUCUCCCGUCCUUAUCGUCCACCCCCCCUAGAUGAGAUAACCAGCGCUGUGCGCAGCUGCACACUGACAGUCCACCGUUGGGACACCUGGCAUGUGACGGACCUCGCUCUCCUCGUUCGUCGCUCGUCCAGACGUAUCGGACAGCGCACUGUAGGCGUACCUCGUACUUCUUCCGCCGCAGAGUCACAAGGCCCUGCGUCUUGUGUGCGGAGGAAGGGAGACGAGAGGCACGCCCGCAUGUGA